AUGAAUAAUAGAGGUAGUAAGGACACUGAAGAUGCCGCAAUGCAGUUAAAACGUGCGGCAGGAGAGAUUGAAGAAGAAUGCAGGUCAGUCAAGUUAUUACGGGCAGAUGAAGAUACAACGCUGAAUAUGAUUCAGUCCAGUGCCAUGGACGCUACACGAGCUAUGUUUAGCAGUCCACAACAACAACAACAACAACAGAGUACUCACUUCUUUGUGGGCUCUGAGUCUAUCAUGCCGCAUUCACUUCAAUUACAAGCACAGAGUAAUUCAGAUAUACAGAAUCAUCAGAUACGGAUGCAAAUGCAGCAACGACAACAGCAGCAGCAGCAAUAUGCAGCAGCCAUGGCAGCACGGCAUCAUGCUCAGCAGCGACAUCAACAGGCCGUCGCAAUGGCCACAAUGAUGGGCAAACCGGGCUCUCCUCCAGGUCAGCUGAAUAAUAUGAAGCCAAUGGCGCUUGCUGGGCAACCACUGCCAAGCUCUGAUGGUAACGUUCAUUUGGAUUCCUUGAUUGGAAGUCAAGGAAUGAAUUAUUACAUGGACACGUUGAGUGGGGAUCCAGCUCAGCAGCCAUCGCUAUCAGCUGCAGCUACGACUACCGUUGCCUCCCAGAUACCUGCUGUUUCAGUGGCACCGAUUUUGCCAAAUGAAGCUGAAGAACCUUGUUUUGUGUGCGGGAUGAAGGGCGAAAUUUUUACAUGCAAUGGUGGUUGUGGGCUCCAUGUGCACCCUGCGUGCAUUGGCGAGGAUGCAAUUUUUCCGUUUGUUGUUGGCCAACUCUGUGGUAGCUGCUUCAUUGUGCAACAAAAUCGUGCAUCUCCGGAAGAUCUUACGAGAGGAGGGCCAAACGCAUUAUCGGUCCGAAGAGCAAUCUUGUGUGUAAACUUGGAGACAAACAAUACCGCGAACUUUGACAAGUUUGGUCAUUUGGCGUCAUUGCGGCUGGCAGAGAUUGGAUCGAUUGCAGGUUACCCGAUCAAACCGUUUGCUGAAAAGUUUGUCGAGCCUUAUUUGCUGCGCUGGAUACGAGAAAAGCUCUCAACUACUACUAAUUGGAUGCUGAACGUGCGUGAAGUGUUCACCGUGAUGAUUGGUCUUUACAGCCUAAAACGUGCUUGCAUUGCUCAUGGUCUGCACCACAAAGUAAUCAACUUAAUGAAAGCACGCAAGUUUACAGUAAUGGACUACUUCGGAUGGCAUCCAGCUGUCGAAUGCCCAAGCGUGCGGUGUUCGAGUUUGUGCGCUAUCUGCGGAACUCGCAAUGCUCCGAGUGUCGACUUAUGCUCACGCUGCCACCACAAGCUUGUGUUUCCGACAACAUUUACAAAGUAUAUUAGUACACUCCUUGCCGCCUUCUAUGCAGAGCAAGUUGGGAUUUCACUUGGAGCAUCUACACUGGACGUCUUUGCACACACAAAUAUUGUCCGUGGAUUGUACAAGGGGCUUCGACCAUUUGACGCUGAUGGUGUCGUUUGGGAUUUGUUUACCGACCAAUUGCGGAUGAUCUUUGGCCUUUUGGAUAUUAUGAGCAAUUUCGGCACAUUGCAGCUCAACCCAGAUCUGUUUGCGCCGGAGGUCAACAUCAUCUUUAACGCUGCUUACGUGAACCAAGCUAUGAUAACGAACGAGUUUGAGGUCGUGGGAAAGCUUCUCCAAUGCAUGAAACUAUUUGGCCUUGCCAAGAGAAUGGAGAACAAAAACAUGAUUGAGUCCUGUGAACGCUAUUUGCUAUUUAAGCACCUUCCCAAUGGAAGCUGGUGCAAGACAAAUGGCUCAAAAGUAGAGCAAUACAAAGCGACUGUCACGUGCUCGAAAGCUCUUCUCAACCCAGAGUUUCGUGGGUACGGCCCAAUGUCACUCGACUUUCAACGACUUCUCGAGAAGUGGGCUCGCAAUUCGUCCCCGAAACAUUCCACAAUGGCCAGGGGCAAGCAGCCAGCCGAGACAGCAAAGCUGAAACGACUAGUGUCCGGGGUGAUCGUGAAGGCGCACACCCAAGCGAGGCUUAAACGUCUUGAGGCAACGUACAAGCGGCAAAUUGCUCCAAAUGGACGUGACUCUUCAUUGGAAUCUCUUGUGACUGAGAGAAUGAAACAGCUCUUGAAAGCCAAGAACCUUAAAGCCUCCACAAAAUCGGUAUCAAGUGCAGAAAAAGAAAAGGCCGGUGAAGCGGCAACCAUAUUGGAUAACGAGAAAGAUGGCAUUAAUGAGAAGGAGUCUCAUGAUGAGACAGUAUUGAUAAAAGAGAACGCACCAAAUGCUGACAGCACGUCUGCUUCGGAGGACGUCAAAUCUGGCCACGAGUUAAAUCGUGAUUUGAGAGCUUCGGCGGAUAAAAGCCAGGAUGAUGAUGAUAUGCUUACGAGCAUGAGUUUGCACGAGGAUCUAGAAAUCUUUGACGGCUUACAGUUUGAGGACGGCGGCGGCAUUAUUGACAUGAGCUUGCAUGCACUAAGACAUAAUAGAGAAGUCGUCGAAGAUAGCGUAGAACGUGCACUGGAGGAUACUGACGGCACGGAUGUGCCCGGACAGGAUGACGACGAGGAUGAAAAUGUGUACGAUGACGAUGAAGAUGAAAACGAAGAUAGCGCAAGCUAUUUUGUGGACGGGGAAACGUUGCAGCACCAAUCACAGUUGAGCGAGGUGGUGGAAACACCAAAUAGUAGCGACGUUACCACAGAUUUUCCAUCUGGAAUAUAA